GUCGGCGCCGGCGGUGCAGACAGUAUCUGUGGGGACCCGGAGCACGCAGACCUCGCCUGCUUUACGUUCACCUCGGUGUCUGCAGCACCCUCCGCUUCCUCUCCUAGGCGACGAGACCCAGCGGCUAGAAAUUCACCAUGUCUAUUCUCAAGAUCCAUGCCAGGGAGAUCUUUGACUCUCGUGGGAAUCCCACUGUUGAGGUUGAUCUCUUCACCUCAAAAGGUCUCUUCAGAGCUGCUGUGCCCAGUGGUGCUUCAACUGGUAUCUAUGAGGCGCUAGAGCUCCGGGACAAUGAUAAGACUCGCUAUAUGGGGAAGGGUGUCUCAAAGGCUGUUGAGCACAUCAAUAAAACUAUUGCGCCUGCCCUGGUUAGCAAGAAACUGAACGUCACAGAACAAGAGAAGAUUGACAAACUGAUGAUCGAGAUGGAUGGAACAGAAAAUAAAUCUAAGUUUGGUGCGAACGCCAUUCUGGGGGUGUCCCUUGCCAUCUGCAAAGCUGGCGCCGUUGAGAAGGGGGUCCCCCUGUACCGCCACAUCGCUGACUUGGCCGGCAACUCUGAAGUCAUCCUGCCAGUCCCGGCGUUCAAUGUCAUCAAUGGCGGUUCUCACGCUGGCAACAAGCUGGCCAUGCAGGAGUUCAUGAUCCUCCCAGUCGGUGCAGCCAACUUCAGGGAAGCCAUGCGCAUUGGAGCAGAGGUUUACCACAACCUGAAGAAUGUCAUCAAGGAGAAAUACGGGAAAGAUGCCACCAAUGUGGGGGAUGAAGGCGGGUUUGCUCCCAACAUCCUAGAGAAUAAAGAAGGCCUGGAGCUGCUGAAGACUGCUAUUGGGAAAGCUGGCUACACUGAUAAGGUGGUCAUCGGCAUGGACGUAGCAGCCUCCGAGUUCUUCAGGUCUGGGAAGUAUGACCUGGACUUCAAGUCUCCCGAUGACCCCAGCAGGUACAUCUCGCCUGACCAGCUGGCUGACCUGUACAAGUCCUUCAUCAAGGACUACCCAGUGGUGUCUAUUGAAGAUCCCUUUGACCAGGAUGACUGGGGAGCUUGGCAGAAGUUCACGGCCAGUGCAGGAAUCCAGGUAGUUGGGGAUGAUCUCACAGUGACCAACCCAAAGAGGAUUGCCAAGGCGGUGAAUGAGAAGUCCUGCAACUGCCUCCUGCUCAAAGUCAACCAGAUUGGCUCCGUGACCGAGUCUCUUCAGGCGUGCAAGCUGGCCCAGGCCAAUGGUUGGGGUGUCAUGGUGUCUCAUCGUUCAGGGGAAACUGAAGAUACCUUCAUCGCCGACCUGGUUGUGGGGCUGUGCACUGGGCAGAUCAAGACUGGUGCCCCUUGCCGAUCUGAGCGCUUGGCCAAGUACAACCAGCUCCUCAGAAUUGAAGAGGAGCUGGGCAGCAAGGCUAAGUUUGCCGGCAGGAACUUCAGAAACCCCCUGGCCAAGUAAGCUGUGGGCGGGCAAGCCCUUCGGUCACCUGUUGGCUAAAUAGACCCCUCCCCUUGUGUCAGCUCAGGCAGCUCGAGGCCCCCGACCAACACUUGCAGGGGUCCCUGCUAGUUAGUGCCCCACCGCUGUGGAGUUCGUACCGCUUCCUUAGAACUUCUACAGAAGCCAAGCUCCCUGGAGCCCUGUUGGCAGCUCUAGCUUUGCAGUCGUGUAAUUGGUCCAAAUCAUUGUUUUUCUCGCCUCACUUUCCACCAAGUGUCUGGAGUCAUGUGAGCCUCGUGUCAUCUCCGGGGUGGCCACAGGCAAGAUCCCCGGUGGUUUUGUGCUCAAAAUAAAAAGCCUCAGUGACCCAUGAGAAUAAAAAAAAAAAAAAAAAAAAAAAAAAAAAA